CCGGCCCGCGGUGCCGCCAUGCCGCGGUACUGCGCCGCCACCCGCUGCAAGAACCGCGGCGGCCAGAGCGCCAAGGACCAACGCAAGCUCAGCUUCUACCCGUGAGUGGCCGCGGAGCGGGGCAGGGUCUGGAUUCCCACUUCAUGAUAAAGAGAGACUUGAGAAAUGGUUGCGGAAUAUGAAGCGAGAUUCAUGGACUCCAAGUAAGCACCAGCUCCUCUGCAGUGACCACUUUACCCCCGAUUCCCUGGAUGUGCGGUGGGGGAUACGGUACUUGAAAAAUACUGCUGUGCCAACUAUUUUCUCUUCCUCAGAUGAUGAGGAAAAAGAUUCUUCUCAGAACAGUUCGCAGCAGGUACAGAAAAAAGACCAAGAAGAAACAAAUGUUGUGUCAGAGAAAGUAUCUGUACCACUUGAACUUUGUACACCAAAGAAUUCUGUAAUUGCACGAAAUGUAGAGGAAAAAGCAGAAGUGGUUUACUCAACUGCACUGAGUGAACCUUUGCAAAUUCAAAACCUGCAGUUUCCAUAUGAAGGUGGCUUCCAGGCAGACAGUGCCGUUCUUGCUAGUUCAUCUAAGCAGUACGUGCAUCAGCCUAAUCCUAUUCUAAUGACAGCAGCAGUCCAGAGCGUGGAGGCUACCAGUGUUCAUACUUCUGUAGAGGAUUCAGGAGGUUGUACAGCUACAGUCCUGCAAUUUACAGACCCUGAGUACUUGAAUUCAUCUCUGAAACUGAACAGUGCUUUAGGGUCGGUUACUGACUAUGCAGUUGAAAAUUCUGUCCCUCACGUGGUCUGUUCUGGUGAAGCGCAGACAAGUGAAGAUGCGGUUUUACUGAGUACACUCACACAAACUAUUGAACAGUUCAGUGGAAGUGAAGAGUCUGUAAUUGCUAUUAUAAUGCCAGCUGAGAGUCCAGAAGAGCCUGAAAGAGUAAAUACUUCUUUCCUGCCUGUUAAGGAAGAGUUUCUUGACAUAGAGGAGACAGAAGUGAUUGAACAUGACGGAAAUGAAAUACUGCAGACUGAGCAUUCAUACUGCAGACAAGACAUAGACAGAGAUCACCUUUGGAAAAAAAUUUCAAAACUCCACUCUAAGGUAACUUUACUUGAAAUGCAAGAGGUAAAAACUUUGGGAAGACUCAGGUCCUUGGAAGCUCUUAUUAGACAAUUGAAGCAAGAAAACCUGCUUUCUGAAGAAAAGCUCAAGUUGGUAGAAAACUACUUUACAACACUUGAAGUGACUAUGAUACAGUAAAGGCUUUCAGUUGAUGGUUCUCGAAUAUCUUUUUAACCUCUUUGACUGUACUUUUGGACAAAUUAACUUUUUUCCAGUUGUGGUGUUUUAAACAUCUAAUGAAAAUCAUGUGAAUAGCAUUCUUUAAAAUGUAACAUCAAACAAAGCUAAGUGGUAGAAUGUUGUCUAUAAAACAUGACAGGCAGGUAAAAUUUAAAAAAAAAAAACCUGAAUUGGGCGAAUUUUCUUAAAUAUGUGAAUCAAGACAGUAAAAGAUAAUUUAACCCUUUCUUAGCUGCAGGCUUCUCUGAAACAUGCAAUGCCUGCGCUGGGGACAGCAGUAGAAUGGACAGAAUAAGCAUAUAGGAUGAAGCAUAUAUGAUAGCAUAUAUACCUACAUAUAUGCAUUGUCCAGUGAGGUCAAAAUUGCUCUUCAGUUUCCUGCUCACCUAACAUUUGUUCUGAUAGUUUUUUGUACACUUUGAUCUUAUUAAAAUUGUUUCUGCAUAAAGGGUGUUUAUUUUGUUUCUAGAAACAAAAAUUCUCAUAAGAAUAUGGUUCCAGUGGACAGGCGCACAUCUCAUUUUUAAUUUUUUUUGUUAUGAUUCAGCUCAAGUGGAAAGCAAUCUUAAUCACAGAUGUAUUUGCUAGUUAGUAAAAGGGCAAGCUCUAUUUAGUGAAUGCUGUCUGCAUUGAUUCUGUUACAGCAUACAGCUUGGCAAUGCAUAUACCCUUAAUAAUACACCGAAGGAAACUGUUCUGCAGAGCAGGUUGCUAGUGAAAGUACCAGAAUUUUACUUUGCAAGAAACAGAAUUACAAAACGAGAAAUUUACUCCCUUUUCCUGAUUUUAUUAACUAUUUCUAAUGCAUGGGUUAUCACUAUAGUAAACACAUACUAUAAUUCAUUUCAAGGAAAAUUAAUUUGCUUAAAUACUUUCUCCUUAUUCUGUCAGAGUGCCUUGCUGUAUGCUCCAGUACAGUGAAAAAGUCCUAGAUCUUCUGAUUCCUGACUUGACAUCAUGGCUGUGCUAGGUGAUCCUUGUCACACCCCUUCCGGCUGAACUUUUCUAGUGUAUUAUAUUCCACAACCAUUAGAUUGCUUGAGAAUGUGUUUUUCAUUAUUCGAAAUGGUUCAUCCCCACCACCACAAGUUCAGUCUAGGAUUGAAGCAGAUGGGUUCCUUUUCAAUGUUAUUUAGAAAAGUCUUGUACAUGCUUUCUAAGCUGUUCUUUUAAUCUUUUCAUAAGGAAUUGAGAAUCAGUUUACACUGGCUACAAAGCCAGCCUCCAACUAGAAAAUAAGUUCCAAUUUCAAAAUGUUUGAGACUUGAAACAUCCUAAAGGGCAGAAGUUGGGUUGCUCAAGCACAGUGCUGUAGGAGGUUAGUCUGCAUUAGUAAUCACUGGAUUAGGCUUGCUUUGUCCUGCAACUUGUUAACUUCUUUCAGACUUGAAGCACAGGCUGUGCUUGGUAAAAUUGCUAAAGGACAAAGGUCACUUACAAUAUGGUGAGUUAUUUACCAUGUCUCUGACUCACUCAUUUUGCCCUCCCUGGAACAAGAGAACAUUCCUGUUCUGCCUUGUCUGUUAUGAAAUCACAAGGGCUGUUAUGUAUACUGUAGAAACAUUGCUGCCAUAUCUGAUCCUGUCUUGGGAGCAUUGUCCAGGUGGCCUCUCUGAACUGCACAUUUUGUAAUGUUUUACAAAGUAAGAGAUCUUUAAAAGUUAUUACAAAAUGCUAUAUGAAAUUGCUAAAUGAUUUGGCAAUUUUAGAAGUCGCAUGAAUGUACUACAAAUCCUUUGCUGAUGCUGUAUAUUUUAAGACUGACAACCCAUUUCAAAAGUUUACAGUAGUCCUUGAAUGGCAGUGAGAACUCAGACAUGGCAAAAGAAUAGCAACACCAUAAGCUUUUGUCUUAGCAAAGUUCUAUUCCCUCCAAAAUUUGUGAGGUUUAACAUGGGAUUUGCAUUGCUGAUACAUUUUUGCUUUUACUAAGACUUACAGUAUUAAAAUUAAGAAUAUUG